GACAGUCGAUGAGAUCCCAGGGGAGGGAGGCUCGACUAGGCAUGCUUCAAGGACUUAGGAAAUGUACACUCGUGUCUGUUUGCAACUUUUCAACAUUUGUAUGACCAAUAUGAGUGUUUUAACGACAUAAACGCUGUAAAGCGAUUAUACAUUUGUUAAACCUUUCUUUUCAGUACCUCUUUUAAUACUGAAGUUUAUAUUAUUCUUUUUUUAAGCAGCGGCGGGAAGGAUCUCUUUUCAGAAUUGUUACAACUUUCAGACGUGGAACUCUGGGAAAUACUUUUUUGGAGGCUGCCAAGGAGCGAACAGGUUUUAGAUGCGUAGCAACUUUAGUGGGCGAUAGACAUACUUGUGGAUGCGUCGGCUGCAGAAAUGACACGAGAUUUAUACUCCUAUUUAAUUAACUAGUUACAUGUUAAGUAACUAAUGCAACGAUUCCAUUGGAUUAGUUCAACUUUUCAAGAGUCCGGAAAUCUCCGUUGUCAACUUUACAGUGGCAUUUUUGUCAAUAGAUUGUCGCUACGGAGCCUAUGAAAGUUACUGUUGCAUUUUCGUCGUUUACUGUAUUGUCGCCUUUCAUCUUGGAAUCCGUCAUAUCAACCUGACUUUGUUCCUCGUGGUUUCUGAAACCUCUGCGUGGGGAUAUCGUCACAAUAUCCUAUCCAGCGUAAAGACUAGGUGAUUUGCUUUUUAGGUAUUUGACAACUUGUUGCGUCUGGAGCCCUUCUGCCAGAUUUGACUUUUUUUUUUUCUUGCUCUGGAAAUGGAAUACCGGUACAUUGGAUACACUUUGGUUUUAAAUCAGGCAAAACUGUAGAAUGUCUAUAGUGGGUUGGGCACGAAUUAAAGUACAAACAUUGUUGCAAAAUGUUUAUUGAAAUCUUGCCGGUGGUUGAAGAUUACAAGAGCCGCCGUGUGCUCGGACUGAACCGAUCUGUCUAUGACAACUUUAACAAGCACGUUGAAAACGAGGACCGGGCCGCUGUUUAUCUCAUGUAAGGAGCUCGUGCUGUAUGUGAACGGUGAACUAAAUGUAAAGUCUAUUCAACUAUAAGCGACGCAAUUCCAAUGAUUGAUUUGAUGUUGUCGAACUUGUGCAUGCAAUGUUUGGCCUCUCCUGUUAGUGAUACCGGUUAACACACAUGAUCUACAUCUUAUCUUAUUAGGCUAAGUAUGUUAUAUUUAUUUUAUGGUUAGCAAUUCCAUAAUUUAGAAGCAAACGUUCAGAUUUUUUUCUUAUGAGUGAAUAUGAAGACCACUUUACUUGGCGUGUUUAAUAACUGUUUUUACCUGGAACAAACUUUCAAAGCGGGAUAAGAAUUCAUUACAAAACCACAAGACAACAUGGCAGUCCGUGAGUCUUAACACUUUGGAUAAAACCCUGUAUUUCGAGUCGUUUUCACGGGUUUCUACCAUUUCUAACCCAUAAAGCAGAGGACCGGCGUUGGGCCAUAUAUUUCUUGUCCUGAAUCAACAUUGGUGGUUACCAGCUUUUGAAGUCCACGAUGUACACCCGGAGCCCGCGGCUACAGCCGAUCCAAUGAUCGUUCUCCAGCGGCGACUGGCCGGGCUCUGGCCGUGGCUGCUCAUGGCGGCCCUGCAGGUGGUGUUUGGCCAGACGGGCCUGGAGCUGGCGGCGGCCGUCGAGACGGAGCGCUCGGCCCUCAAGGCUGUCAUCAAGGUGACACUGCUGAGAGACGAGCCAACGGGGAAGCCCAUCACUCUGGAAGGGCUGUUUGUCGGAGGGAGCGCCGGCUCUGCAGAGGGGAAGCUCAUGCAGUCCCACCCUCUGUCCCUGUGCAACACCAGUGAAGAUGAGCGCCAGGAGUCAGACUUCAUUAGCAUCGUCAAGCUGGAGAGCCCGGAGCGCAAGGUGCCCCAGUGUCUGCCCCUGCUCAACAAGGCUCGCCUGGCGUUGGAGAGAGGGGCUCAGGCUGUCAUCUUUGAUGUCACCGAUGAUGUCAACGCUAAGUUCCAGCUGCAUGAGUCAGAUUCCCUGCUGCGUCCGGUGGUGCUGAUGCAGGCUGAGGAUGCUGAGACGCUGAUGGAACUGGUCAACAGGAACGAGGAGGCCAGAGUCCGCAUCGACAUCAAGAGGGAGGACCCCAAAUGGCCCCACUAUGAUGUUGUUGUCCUGCUCACUAUAGUCCUUGCUAUUCUGGCCAUCGUUUCGAUCUUUGCUUUCCGGUACCGAUGCAAGUCCAGCAGAACCUGGGACUCAGUCCACCAGCAGACGAUGCGAGCCAUCAGUCGUCUGGAGACGCGUACGUACAGCUCUCAGGGCUGCGGGGGCUCACAGCGCCACCGUGGGGGCUGGGGAUCUAAUAGCAGCUCUAACUCCAGUCCCGUCUGUGCCAUCUGUCUGGAUGAGUUCCUGGAGGGACAGGACCUGAGGAUCAUCUCGUGUGCUCAUGAGUUCCAUAAGGAGUGUGUGGACCCCUGGCUGCUGCAGCACCGCACCUGUCCCCUCUGCAUGCACAACAUCAUGGGUUCAGAGCUGUCUGGACAGCCACGGAGGACCAGACUACAGCAGACCCCCGAGCACAGCCAGGGUUUCCUGCACCCCCAUGCCCACUCCUUCCCCCAGCACCCCAUCCCCUUCUCCAUGAGGCCUCACUACCCCCGUGGCCCCUCUGGUCCAUACCCCUCCCUGGGCCACUAUAGCGGCUCCCCGCCUCUGGACCCCCAGACCCACCGCUUCCUCCCUAGCCGGCCCCUGGGCCCUGGCUGCGGAUACCUCCACCCUGCAGAGGGCCCCGGAAGGCCCCACAGAGCCGGGUGCAGCUGCAAGACAGCAGGCCACCCUAUGGAGACCCACUACGGCCCCGGGCCCCGCCGCUCCUGCCACGCCUACCGCUCCGGCUGCCCUUCCCAGCGCAACGCAUCCAGUUCCAGGCUCCACCACGCCCCCUCUGCUGCUCCCCGCGCCUCCGCAGGGGGAGCCCACAGCCGGGGGAACGAGGGGGGCUCUGGGGGGAGCUACCGGACAGAACGCAGUGGCUACCUGGCUGAUGGGCCGGCCAGUGACUCCAGCUCUGGCCCCUGUCACGGCUCCUCCAGUGACUCGGUACUCAACUGUACGGACGUGUCCCUGCAGGGUGUGUACGGUAGCUGGUCCACGUUCCGCAGCUCUCUGAGCAGUGACUAUGAUCCGUUUGUGUACUACGGGCCGGGGCCGGGACCGACAGGCCGCAGGGACAGCAUGGAGGCAGGGGUCCAGAGACCCAGGUCCUUGGAUUCAGUGGUGAACAGAGACAGAGGACGAGGAGGAGGAGGAGGAGGAAGAAGAGGAGGGUGCUCUGAGGAACAGCAGCAGGCUGUGUUUAGCCACGUCCACUACCACCGCCACCGUCACCACCACUACCGAGAGGAAGGGGAGAGGGAGCACGCCCAGGACCAGGGACCAGGCAGGGGGUCGGAUGAGGAGCGGGGGGCUACUGCUGCUGCUUUUGGCCCUGAGUCAGGAUCACCCCCGGCUCUGGACAAAGAUUCCCCAGUGUGCCCUCUGAAAGACAGCCCUUGUCACUGCCCUAAGGCAGACCACACAGACAGUAGAGGGGCCCAUGGCCACGGGACAGAGGGUCAGGGCCAUGAGCUCAGCCACCCCUCAGGUCCCCCUCCAGUCCUGGUAACCCCAGCCCCCUUACCAGCCCCAACCACCUGCUGCCACCAGGACCACAGCCACGGGGGACACCCCCACCGGAGGGCAGGCCGGCUGGGCGACUGUGUGCUCGAUGGCCCCUCGGUGCGUUUCCAACAGAACCUGGAUCUGCAGGACGACUGUAGCAUCUACAUCCACUAUGACCAGGGCUACUGCUGCCCCCCGCCCGACCUGCCCCCCGCUCUGCUCUCCAUGCCUGUGCCCCUCAUCCUGGACUCUGGAGGAAUGAGGCCCCUGGGGGGUCUAGAGGAGUGGCCCUGCUGUGGAGGGCCCCACCAUGUGGUGUGGCAGAAGCGGGUGCAGCAGGCCCACUCUGAGCCCCAGCUGCUGGGGCCCGGGCUGGGGGUCCCUACGGACAGAACCCCGCCCCCAUCCAGCAGGCGCCACCACGGUCCCCACAGCCCAGUGGACGACCGCAACACAGACUAUUGUUUAUACUGCCAAACAUUACACAAUAAUCAGGGAUCCGAGGAGUCCGGCGUGUGAGGACUCAGCUAGUUGCAUCUCCAACGUCACGCUGCUACUUACACAGGAGCCGGAACGGAAAUCAUCGCACGGCCAUGUUUCUCAAGUCUUCCAAAUAAUUCCACAUUUAAUAGCUGCAUUCAGACUACACUUCCCAGAAUCCCCCAGUCAGUGCUCAGAGUUCCGUCUGUCCAUCAACGAUCAAAAUGAGUCUAUGAGAUUCUGAUUGUUUUGAAGUUUAUUUAUUUUGACCAUCAAUUCAAACAAUAAGCACAAGUCAUGUAUGGACAUCAAAUUGCUCUAAUUCAUUGUUAAAUUCCAGUAUUUCAGUGUGUUUGAUUGGAAGUUUUGUUGUUGCUUAGUGAUUGUGUUUCAAGAUGGAGACUUGACUGGGAGAUGCUGGAAAUGUUUGUUUCUUUUGGGUUUUUUCUCCGUCUUGUUUUUAUUUUGUUUUGUAAAUUACAGGAAGAAUUCAAUACCAACAAGUUCCCAGGUUUGCCUUAGUGACCACAAGGAAUGAUCACUGCUCAGGGCUUGAGCCUCGAUUCAACAUCACGAAAUUCCCCCAACUAUCUCCCUCGUUAGAAGUCACAUGGACAUAUUGGAUGUCUGAUUGGUUGAUUGAGUACUUAAUCAAUUAUACUAUGAGGUACUACUCAGUAAUAAUUGAUUUUCCCUCACACAUCCUUAAUAUCCAUAAAGUCCUUUAUUUGUGUAGAUACAGUAUGUAGACAACCAUUGGAUCAUGUAUUACAUGGAGGUUUCUUGCUCUUUCCAACCCAACUCAAGUCAGAUUCAGAAAUGUUUCCCAUCGGCGUGGGUUUCUAUGGUACUCGGAGCUACGGAAAAGAGACAAGAAACUUAUCAUUGGGGGAGAACAUUUAUUUUCUUAGCUGGACCUACAAGCAGUGAGAAUCCUGAAAGGUCAUCCUGAGAGGUCAUCCUGAAAGGUCAUCCUGAAAGGUCAUCCUGAGAGGUCAUUAGAGGCUAGUAUGGGGACUUGUGUUGGUUCAUUCAAUAAUGGCAGCUGUUUCCAUCACAUUUAGUUUGUUUUGUGGUUCGGUAAAAACAUUUUUUUUUUGUAAUUUUGUUUUUCAUGGUUAAAAGAAAGAACCAGACUGA